AAGACCAAAGGCCCACCUCCAACAAACCGAUCUGCCCACUGGACUCGAAGCUAGCCGAAUAUACCAAUUCUCCGGCUAUCAUUUCUUAGACGCGUCGCUGGGCCGUAGUAUGAUUUUGGUUCCAAACGUAACUGCACCACCACGCGUUCGUUGACAACCACGCAUCAAAGCCCUCGCCAUCUUUGAAACCAAGGCUCAGAAGCGACCAUCCGCGCGCUUCUUAUCCUCUCCUCGAAGCUCCAUGGAUCGCUCUGCGCCCGAGUACUCGCAGUCAGGUUUGCCUUCGCCCUAUCCAAGCAACUUCGGCGACACCAAGUCUGAGGCGUCGUCUGUAGAUAACGCAUCUGCUGCGCCAUACGCGACCCCGACCCCACAGCAGGAGGUGCGGUCCAGCAACUAUUCCGCGGCAGGCACGCCCACGUCUGAAUACGCUGUGUAUCCUCACUCGGCGCGGUCAGCCUCCUUCCCAGAGCAUAUCCAGCGUCCAUACCACCCAGCGAGCAACCCCAACGGCGGCACUGGAGGUAUGGCGCAAACACCAACAAGUCCGUCCAUGCCUCUGCAAGAUGGACGCAACCAUCAAAAUUCCCAGCAGGUCAAGUCUGACAGCGAAGUACCUAUAGAUCCAUCAAUCGCUGCCCCAAGCCCGACCUAUCCACACGGCCAGUAUCCUCCCUAUCCUGGCCACCAGCAGGAUAUGUCGCACAGCUAUGCGCAUCCGGGCAGCGCAUCACUGUAUGCCCAGCCUCGUCCGGACUGGAGUGGAUAUUCCCAACAUCCUCCCAUCACGCCUGGACAUCCGGUCUUCCCUCACACCCCGACUUCCGGCCCUGGCCAGAACCGACCAAGCCAGGUCUACUCCUUCGUCCCAAUCCCCGGAGCUCAGCAACACAAGAGGCCUCGGCGACGAUACGAGGAAAUUGAACGCAUGUACAAGUGCGGAUGGAAUGGGUGUGAGAAGGCGUAUGGGACGCUUAACCACCUGAACGCCCAUGUCACAAUGCAGUCCCAUGGGCAGAAACGGACUCCUGAUGAAUUCAAGGAAAUCCGCAAAGAGUGGAAAGCGCGCAAGAAGGAGGAAGAGGCUCAACGUAAGGCGGAGGACGACCGGCAAAGACAGGCCAAUGUCGCCGCUGCUGCUGCCGCGCAGAAUGGUGGUCAAGAUCCCCAUGCGCCCGACGGUGGUCAGCCUCCCACGACCUAUGCCUCUGCGCGUCCGGUCCAGUUGCCCCCGAUUGGUUACCAGCCAACACAAUACCCACCUCCUCCGUCCGCCGGUGUUCAGCAGCCCAUCCCAGAAUACGGUGGGAGUCAGAUCUACCCCAACUACCAACCUCCGUCACCCUAUGGCCAGCCUGGCCCGCAGAUGUAUAGCCAACAUAAUGGUGGCCCGCCAAAUCACUGACCGGCAUCAUUGCCGUUGGUUUCAGGCCGCAUGGAACAAGUGAGGAACCUUUGGCUCUGAGGGAUUGGCGAGAGGACGACCCGCCAAUCCUGUACAAUAUCUCCCUCGACCUGCACACAACU